CACGGAGGGGAGGAGACAAAACGCUGCGUUUUAACGGCUCUUGCUCUCAGGAUUAUCUUCAUUCUACGGGUGCAGGAGAAGAGAGAAUGGCUACUCAGUUCUCAUCUCCCCCAACACUCUCUGCAAUUCCUUCCAAAAUCUCCAAAUUCCACCACAACUCAAAAUCAGUUGGAAUUCAUUUGAGAUGCAGUUUAGAAAAUGAGAGCCACACUCAAGGAGUUUCAGACCACUCAGCAGAACCCAUCAAGGCAAAGGGAUCUCCAGCAUUAAUCUCACGGCGUUCAUGUCUUACAUGUUUAUGUUCAACUAUGGUUUUGAUAAACACUUCUGGCAGUUCUGCCACCAUACAAAAUGCCAUGGAUGCAAAAGAAAAACCUGUAUGUCGGAACUGUGGUGGCAGUGGUGUUGUUCUUUGUGAUAUGUGUGGUGGUACAGGAAAAUGGAAAGCUCUCAACAGAAAACGGGCUAAAGAUGUUUACGAGUUUACUGAAUGCCCAAAUUGUUAUGGCCGGGGGAAACUUGUCUGCCCUGUUUGUUUAGGGACCGGUUUACCAAAUAAUAAAGGCCUGCUUAGAAGGCCUGAUGCUCGGCAGUUACUUGACAAGAUGUAUAACGGCCGGCUAUUGCCAAACUCUUAACCUGUAGGAGAAGUCACACAAUCCAUAAUAUUCGUGAAAUAUGACGCAGAAGAGGAGCUUCUGAAGAAUUAACAAAUGAACAAGCAUGGCGAAUGAUACGGCCAAAAUGAAGAUACUGAUUCAUUCAGUCAAAAUUCAGAUACUAAUUCAUUUUUGUUCGCUGUUUCACAAGAACCAACGUUUUCUACAUACUCUCUUUGGCAUCUGUGAUUCUACAUAGAGAAAUUAAAUCUCUUGGUGCGCAAGCUCAACUAUGAAAUGCAGGCUUUUUGUUUCUGUGAAGAAGAAAGCUUAGCAAAUACUCAGUUGGGGCAGAAGAUGAUAGGGUGUUGUAGAAGAACAAAAGUUGACGAGUCCACAGCAACCGAGGAUCAAGGCUGACUGUUAGGCAGCCUACUGAGAAUAGAGUGCUCUGGCUUGUGAUCACAUUCAAAAUCCAGAUGAACAAACGCCCGCUCAACUUCAGGAAGCCUCUCGAUCUUUAUCUGCAAAGUCUCUCCUAUGGUAUGAGCUUCUUUCAGGGGUAAAUCUUCUGGGAGUUCAAUAUCAACCUGUUUCCAUUCAAAGAAAAUGGAUACUUUUAGUUUGUAGCCGAUGGGGAUUUUUAUCAGCGAGGUUCUGAAAAACCGGGAAUUUAUAGAGAAACUGUUUGGGAACUGUUUUUGAAAAGAGUUCUUUGUCCUUCCCCACUCAAAAACGCAUUUGAAAUUUGUUUGGACACAACAGUUUUUUGGAAAAUUAUAAAAAUAAGGUGUUUGUUUAGAGCAUAUUUUAAUUAUUUUCAUUUCUUUGUUGGGAGGUAUUUAAAAAAAUCAUUGUAAAAAUUAGACAUAGAAAACAAAUCCUUCCAAGUUCCCAAACGAACUUCUUUUGUAAAAAACGUCAAAGAUAUGUUUUGAAAAAUGUCCUCAAAAAACUGCUUUUCGAGAAGUGCUUUAAAAAUAGUUCCCAAACAAGUCCUAUCAUUCUUUCUGGUAGGAUAUACCUUGAUACCUGAUUACAAGCUUACUUAACUCUUCAAGAUUAAUAGACUAACCUCCACAAAAUAAAGAACUCCAAAGGUAUAAGCCCGAACAGUAUCAAUACGCUUGACCUGAGGGUGCCUUAUCACAAGAUACGUCAAUUUCUGCAGAACUUCAGGAGCUGCAGAUUGCCCCACAAGAGAAACUGCAUCAAGAAACUUUGCAUCAAAGAGUAGACAUGGAUGACAACGGAUAAAACCCGGAAAAUGGUUGAGCUGUUAGUUUCUGAAAGUAGAGACUGUAGUAUGACAAUCAGACCUAUAACUUCAAGACUCCCCUUGAGAAACUUUUUAAAUCAGGAAGAUUUAAAGCAGAUAAGGUAUGGAGAAAGAAGCUACCUGCAUUUUCUAAAACAGUUUGAGACCAGUUGGUAAUUGUGUAAACCGCAAGGAAAAUAGCUCCAACAGGGUCAAUCCACCAGUAAAAUUUGUCUCCAAGAACAGCAGCAACUAAGCCUACCACAUUCGUUAUCACAUCGAAAUAGUGAUCCUGAAAACAGGCAUUUUGAGAUGGUUAAACAAACACUUAUUUAGGUAGAGAAGUUCUAGAGUCAGUGUUGCAUACAUUUGCAUAGGCACGGACGAUCUUGUUUCUAGAAGUUCUGCAGUAAAGCCAGAGUGCGAGUUUUACCGCAGUAGCAGAUAACAUGAUUGUGUAUAACCAGAUCAACUGGUCUGAGCUCAUCUUAUCUGAAGCUUUAUCUUUAA